AUCUAGAGCCCCUCCCCCACCAUGAACCAUUUCUAAUCCUCGCUUUGCGCCAGAGGCAUUUACUCCUUCUCCAUUGACUGAAACGAGCCAAUUCCCUCUCUACACAUGACUCAAUUCCGACUCUCUCUCUCUCUUCAUUAAUUCAAACCAAUAACCUCCACAAUGUCAGACAAGAAGCGCGCGGUUGACUCAGACAAAGUCUGGACAACCCUCAUCACCAACCUCGACUACCUCCCCGGCCUCCUCACCCUCAACCACUCCCUCCGCGCCGUCAACUCCAAAUACCCCCUCGUCGCCCUCUACACAGACACCUUCCCCGAAGCUGGCCUCGCCGCCCUCCAAGCCCGCGGGAUUCCCUCCCAGCGCAUCGAAUACCUCCUCCCAACCGCCGGCAAAGACUACUCCAACGACCCGCGCUUCUACGACUGCUGGAGCAAGCUCGUGCCCUUCUCCCUCACAGAGUACUCGCGCAUCGUCCAGCUCGACUCCGACAUGCUCGUCCUCCGCAACAUGGACGAGCUCAUGACCCUCGAGCUCGAUCCGCCCUCAAUCAGCGAAUCUGGCGAUGCCUCCACAAGCAAGCGUGUCUUCGCCGCCGGCCACGCCUGCGUCUGCAACCCCCUCAAAAAGCCCCACUACCCCAAGAACUGGAUCCCCGAAAACUGCGCCUUCACACAUCAGCACGACGACCCGGAAACCGCCCAGACCGUCGGCGCAGACCCUUCCGUCGGUCCACUGGGCUUCAUGAACGGCGGCCUCCAGGUCGUCAACCCUUCCGCCGUCUUAUACUCCCAAAUCGUCGCGCACAUGGAGGCCGACGCCGCGAACAUGGACUUCGCAGACCAGUCUCUCCUGUCGGACCUGUACCGCGGGCGGUGGGUUCCUCUGCCGUACACCUACAAUGCGCUUAAGACGCUGCGUUGGGAGGGUGUACACCAUCAGAUCUGGAGAGACGACCAAGUAAAGAACAUUCACUAUAUAUUAAGCCCGAAGCCGUGGGACGAGACAAACGAGAAUGGAGAGUGGACAGGGAGCGAUGAAUCGCACAAGUGGUGGGUUGAUGCGAAUCGCGAGAGAAAGGCAGCUGAGAGGGAACAGCGUAUUAAUGACAAUUUUUGAAUCAAAUAUUUUUGAAUCAAAUAUGAGGGCAAUUUGGAUAUCGGCUAGAAAUUCUGAAAAGAGGAUUCUAGCUUUUCUAAUAUUCUAAUAUUAAUUGGCUAUGGUAUUCUAACAAUGAACGUAUAUACGCGGUAGACAACCUAUUUAUAAAUCUUUAGAAAUCUAGGAUCAAAACUGCCUACAACACGAAUAGAUUCGUUUAUUUGCAGAC